GUGGUUCACAUGGGCUGAAAUGGCUCCCCUGGUCAUGCACUUGGAGGUCAGCAACAUUGAGAUUUCUGGCACCUGGGGAGGUGUAUUUGAAGUCGAUGCAUCGGCUACGGAGUUGAAGUUUAUUGGAGGUGAAGAACGUGCUGUAGCCAACGCCAUGAAUCAAAGCUCAGGCAUGCUGGUGUUUUGUCCAUCGCAAACUGUGAUGCUCUUGCCGCACAGCACAUCAAUGAGAAUCCACACGACGAUCAAACUGCCUCCAGACUUCGAUGUGUUGAGCCUGGGCCAGUGCCGUGCUGCAACCGACCAGUACUGUCAGAAGGAGAAAAUCAAGUGCAAGAUACGUGCUGGCAGGAGCGGAGCAUCCGAAGGGACAACAAUGUACGCUUACUGUCAGAAGCACAAGGAUUGCGGGUUCUCUUGGAAGCAUGUCUUCUCCAGCGAGGUCCACGCCAUCUUCAUCAAGGGUGCCCAUGCCGAAGUAGACCGGCAAGUUCGAGGAGUGCCAGUCGAGCGUAGGAUGAAGGCUGCGCAAGCUGUUCGCACUUGCAAGCCCAUGGAAGCGGUCGUCGAUCUGAUCGCGCAUGAUGUGCCUGCAGCAGAAUGGCCAUCGAAGAAGGAGCUCACAGCUCUCGAUGGUCGCAAUGGGUGGACUAUCCUGUCGCAGCCAGAUGGUGUCUGCAUGCUAGCUCACGAGUCCUUUGCCGAGGAUGCCGCUCAGCUGAUUGCUCAGUCUUCUGACACUUGUCCCAUUGUCGCAGUCCAGGAUGUGACAUACAAAGUCUUCGGCAGUGACUGGGGUCUCUAUCGCUUUGCCAUUGCUUCCAAGCACUUUGAUGCAGAGGGGAUCGCAAGGACUUCUCUGCAUACCUUGUCGCUGGGAGUCGUUGCCAAAGAAAGCGAAGAGCACCUGAGUGCAGUUCUGGGGUUCACACGCCAGUGGCAUGCAACCAGAGGAAAUCAGUUGGCGAAAGUGAUCCAUCAGAUCCAUGGAGAUCAGGGUCCUGGAGGCAUAGCUGCCGUGCGGUCAAUUUUUCCAAAGGCAGUUUUCAGACUGGACCAGCGCCAUCAGCUGACUUCUAUGAUGAGGCAUGCUUGUGGCGCUGUGGCAUCGCGCAAAUUGGCUUGCGCUCUUCUCCAGUUUGCCUUCUCCGGGCUGUACUGGUGCGAUGGAUUGUGGCAGUUGUACAUUGAUGCGUUGCUGCAACGGCUUAUAGAGCAGGGGGAAGUCGACUACGCAGCAUACCUUCAACAGCAUGUCUUCACGCUCGAGGACAAGGAGAACCAAAAAAUGUGGACGAGUCUUUGCCGCAACCGGAUCAGCCUGUGGAAUGACACAGUGACGUUCCAGACAUCCGAUGCAACUAUGCAGUACUGCAAGACAGAGCAGAUCAUGUGCAGGAUUCGUGCUGGCGGUGCGGGAUUCUUUCCUGCAGGGGAAGGGACGAUCUUCUACUGCUACUGUGUCCAGCACAAGGAUUGCAAGUUCUCUUGGAAACAUCUCUUUGCAGGUGGGGACCACGCCAUCUUCACCAAGGGUGUCCAUUGCGAGAUUGAUCGGUGGCUUGCCCAUCUACAAGCUCUGGAUGGCCGCAAUGGAUGGAGCAUUGGUUCUCAGCCAAAUGGAGCCUGCGCUCUCCUUCACGAAUCCUUUGCUAGGGAUGCUGCUACGCUGAUUGCUCAGUCUUCUGACACUUGUCCCAUUGUCGCAGUCCAGGAUGUGACAUACAAAGUCUUCGGCAGAGACUGGGGCCUGUAUCGCUGUGCCAUUGCUUCGAAGCAUUUUGAUGAAGAGGGGAUCCCAAAGCCUUCUUUGCAUACCUUCUCGCUGGGAGUCGUUGAGACAGAAAAUGAAGAACGUGCAGUCCUGCAAUUCACUGGCAAGUGGCAUGCAGCCAGGGGAAAUCACUUGGCGCAAGUGAUCCAUCAGAUCCACGGACAUCUGGGUCCUCGAUUCAGAGCUGCGGCACGGUGGAACAGGAGGCGGAGAUCAGUUUCAAUGUUUCUCAAACAUGCUUUGGAGGCUGGAAUGCAGAAGGCCUCCGAAGGCUACCCUCAACCCUCGGUGAUCCCGUUCCUAGAGCUGGAGGCAACUAUGCAGUACUGCAAGACAGAGCAGAUCAUGUGCAGGAUUCGUGCUGGCGGUGCGGGAUUCUUUCCUGCAGGGGAAGGAACGAUCUUCUACUGCUACUGUGUCCAGCACAAGGAUUGCAAGUUCUCUUGGAAACAUCUCUUUGCAGGUGGGGACCACGCCAUCUUCACCAAGGGUGUCCAUUGUGAGAUUGAUCGGUGGCUUGCCCAUCUACAAGCUCUGGAUGGCCGCAAUGGAUGGAGCAUUGGUUCUCAGCCAAGUGGAGCCUGCGCUCUCCUUCACGAAUCCUUUGCUAGGGAUGCUGCUACGCUGAUUGCUCAGUCGUCUGACAUUUGUCCCAUCGUCGCAGCAGGACAUGGUCUUUGCAAAUGUGGAAAUCUCAAAGUGACCGCUCAGCAGGUCAAAGAAUCUGCCAUCCGGCACAAAGCCGUU